AUGAUGAUCAGACAAAAGGCAACGGUUCCUCUGAUUUUCCGUGCAGUGAAAUUAAAACAGCUCCAAGACCCGCUGGAUCCGUUCGCCUUUGAGUUCAUGCUUAGGUUUGUGAAGUCUGCUAAGCCUCAGCACAGCUGCUUAAAGUGAGUUUGUAUAAUGGUGUCAGUUAUCAACUGACCUUAAGCGAACCAGAGUAUUAGGAAAUCGAUUGAAAAGAUAGGGUCUUUUUUCAUUAGCGACGAAGUUGUUUAUUUUAAAAUUGAGACAAAUUUUCCGUCAUCAUCAACGCCAAACAAAUGAUGCGGAUGAUUUGUCCGGCCUUUUUUUAAAAUUUUGUCUCAGACGGUUAAGUCUUCAAAGGCGCCGCAGACAAAAUUUGCUUCGGGCAAAAACCAAGCAAAAUCGAUUAAAUAUACUAUAAUGUGUUUUUCUUGCCAAUUAUUUGUUGUAAAGCCGUUAUUCUCUCCAUUAACAAAUGCAAGUGUUGUCAGAUAGAAGUUAAAAAAUAUCACGGCUAUCUUUAGAACAAGGAACGGGGAACGGGGAACGGGGAACGGGGAACGGGGAACGGGGAACGAGGAAUCUUUAAAAUGAGGAAUCUUUAAAAGCGGGAAUCUUUAAAAUGGGGAAUCUUUAAAAGCGGGAGUCUUUAAAAUGGGGAAUCUUUAAAAGCGCGAAUCUUUAAAAGGAGGAAUCUUUAAAAUGGAGAAUCUUUAAAACGGGGAAUCUUUAAAAGCGGGAAUCGAGCGGUGACAGCCAUGGACAGCAGUUUUGCCCUCAUUGGGGCUCAUUAGCAUGGCAUAGCCGUCGGGUUCAUGAACGGGGAAAAUUCCCGCCAGCUCCACACAAUACAUGUGGGAGCUGUUGGCUGGGAACUGCAAGGAACUUCUCUCACGACAUGCGCGGGGAAAGCGGAUCAGGAGUUACCCUCAUCUGUGUGCCAGUUGCCGCAUCCGGGAAACGGAAGACUGAGGAGAAUUUAAUAUUUCAUUACAACUUUAUGCAGUGAUCUACAGAGAAAUUGUUAUUUUUUGUGCAGCAUUUUUUUUGGGAAUAUUCGUAUAUUUGUAGCCACUACGGUUUUACCUCUUUCUACGCUAUGUGGUCUCCUGGAAAUUUCAAAGUGCCUUUGACAUUAAGGGUGAAGAAGAAGCGAAUCGUUCGCUUCGAAGGCCUUCCACAAAUUAAAUGGAGUGAUCUAGGGGAACAGGAUGUGGUUGGACAAGGCUCAUUCGGAGCGGUUUUUAUGGUUUUCGAUAGUAGUGGUUAA